CAUUUUUGAUUGGGUGGGUAGAUUCUUUGCUUUUGAAUACUAAUUCAAAAAAAAAAAAAAAGCAACAGGUAAAAAUCAACUUUUUUACCUGUUCGUUAUAUAAGUUUAGUCAAAAAGUUACUUCUUCACACAAAAAUACGAAAUAAAUAUUGUAACAAUGUCGGAAAUUCAAAAUAAUAAUGAAGAAAAAAAAUACAACAAACGGCUUGGACGUGGGGCUGUUAUGUCUGGACUUACGCACGAAUGUGGAGUAUUUGGUGCAAUUGCAACGGGAGAUUGGCCAGCAAAAUUAGAUAUAUCACAAAUUGUUUGUUUAGGUCUAAUUGCAUUACAACACAGAGGACAAGAGUCUGCAGGAAUUGUAACAACAGAAGGCAAAUGUAUAAAAUCAUUCAAUGUACACAAAGGAAUGGGUUUAAUAAAUAAUGUAUUCAACGAUGAUGCAAUGAAAAAGUUGAAAGGAAGUGCAGGUAUUGGACAUACUCGUUAUUCUACUAGUGCAGCAUCCGAAGAAGUCAAUUGUCAACCUUUUGUUGUACAUUCUAUGCAUGGUGCAGUUGCCGUUGCACAUAAUGGAGAAUUAGUUAAUUGUGAACAAUUACGUAAAAUGGUACUUAAUCGAGGUGUUGGUCUAUCUACACAUUCUGACAGUGAACUUAUAACACAAGCUUUAUGUCUGAAUCCACCAGAAGGUGAAGUAGGCGGUCCUGAUUGGCCUGCACGUAUCAAACAUUUAAUGCAACUUGCACCUCUAUCAUAUUCUCUUGUAAUACUUUUACGAGAUCGUAUUUAUGGUGUACGAGAUCCAUAUGGUAAUCGACCUCUUUGUAUUGGAAAAAUUCUUCCACCAAAUGCACAAUUAUCAAAAGACUCCUCUGAUGACGAAACACAAGCUGAAGGAUGGGUAAUAUCAAGUGAAUCAUGCGGCUUUUUGUCUGUGGGUGCACGUUAUGUUCGAGAAGUAUAUCCAGGUGAAAUUAUUGAAUUAAGUAAAAAUGGUAUUCAAACAAUUGAUAUCGUGGAAAGACCAGAAAGUCAUUCACAGGCAUUUUGUAUUUUUGAAUACGUCUAUUUUGCCCGAUCCGACAGUAUUUUCGAAGGACAAAUGGUUUAUAAUGUCCGUAUGCAAUGUGGAAAACAAUUGGCUAUUGAAUCAAGCGUAGAAGCUGAUGUUGUUAGUUCAGUGCCUGAAUCUGGAACGGCAGCAGCUCAUGGUUUUUCCAGACAGUCUGGAAUUCCAUUUUCCGAAGUUCUUUGCAGAAAUCGUUAUGUAGGUCGAACAUUCAUACAGCCAAGUAAUCGUUUAAGACAAUUAGGCGUAGCAAAGAAAUUUGGUGCAUUAUCAGGAAAUGUGAAAGGGAAAAAAUUGAUAUUAAUUGAUGAUUCUAUUGUACGAGGCAACACGAUUGCACCAAUUAUUAAACUUUUACGGGAUGCAGGAGCUAAAGAAGUACAUAUUAGAAUUGCUAGUCCACCAUUAAAACAUCCUUGUUAUAUGGGUAUUAACAUUCCAACAAAAGAAGAAUUAAUUGCUAAUAAACUGAACACCGAACAAUUAGCAGAACAUGUUGGUGCCGAUUCCCUUGCAUAUUUAAGCGUUGAAGGUUUGAAAUAUGCUGUAAGUUUAAAUAUGAAACUUCAGAAUCCAGCGGAAUAUGGACAUUGUACGGCUUGUUUAACUGGGGAAUAUCCUGGUGGAGUUCCAGAAAUUAUAGAAGAAUUAGACUGGUAGAGUGAGCAAUUAGUACCUAACAUAUAUAUAUAUAUAUAUAUGAAAGGGGAUUAUUUCUUGGACGGUUUUAAUCGAGAUACAGGGAUAGAUUAAGCUUAAUUUAUUAAUAUUAAAAGCGUUUAAUCGAGC